AUGUCCACCUUCCACCCGUUUCCUCGUCUGCCUCUCGAGCUACGGCAACACAUCUGGGAGCUGAGCAUGGAACCGCGUGAGGUCCCCGCGGGUAAACUCUACCCUACCUCUAUAUCGCGACCGCCGCGCAUUCCGCCACCAUCUGUACUUCAAGCUUGUGUAGAAUCUCGCCUUUAUCUCCAAAGCUAUUAUAAGAAGGCCUUCGUAUCUGAGAAGGCCCCCAACUAUACAUGGGUCAACUUCGAUAUUGACACUGUCUACAUUACCCAAAACACAAUGGAAGACAUGGAAGAAGAGCGUCCUCUCAUUCGGUGGCUCAUCGUCGAAAGCUCGGACGAAGAGAUUUUCACCUUUGACCACGCCCCUUACCUGUUUCACAUGCCGGCGCUGGAGACCGUUACCAUCCUCCACAGAGUGCCAUUUGGAAUGGUACACAAAACCUGGUGGUACGCAUAUCAUCAUUUGAUGUUGGAGUUCUAUUUUUACAGGGAGCCGGUCCGCUUUUAUACCAAAGUCAUCUGCGCCGAAGACCCUCAGCGCGAAAUCAACAAGGACAACUAUUUCCAAUUAGCGUGUGACAUGAUCAGAGAAGAAUUUGAGGGACGUUCCGGCACAAACGAGUCCGACUACCAAAUUUCUGGCGGAGGAGAUGAGGUAUGA